CAAAGGCGAGCCUGCAUUUCUACUCAGUCGGCCGUUUUACGAGCACGGCAUUUGAUGUACUAGCACUAAUCCCCACCCUAACAAAGACGUGAUUUCUUUCCCCGGCACCCCCAACAACCAGCUCCGCGGAUCCUGACUCGGAUUUUUCCAGAAGUUCUCUACAAUAUCUCCAGAAUCGACAAACCCUCUUCUCGUUGUAUGAAUGUUUACAGAAUGCGAUUGUGAUUAAACUCAACAAAAAAUUCGAAAGCGAUGACUAAACUGGCUGGUUAAGUAUAUCAGGACCGACGGUGUAGGAGUCAGAGAACCGACGGCGUAGGAUACAUAGAAUCGACGUGUAGGAGACAAUGGAAAGCAUGGAGCGAGUAAGCUGCCCGACCCGCGGGAACAUGAACUCCUUCAGCCCCGGGUCGUGCAACUACGGCAUGGGCCGCUUCCUCCCCCGGUCUACGCCCUUCAGCGACUGCAUGCAGAGUGCCGGGGUGGGGAUGGGGCACGGGCCCGGGGGCCACUUAGGAUACUCGCCAUACACGGACUGGAACCUGCUGUACCACUCCCACGGCCUGUCCAACAACUCCCUGGACCGUCAGGUCGGGGGCGCCCUCGGGCACCACCACAGGGCGUCGUCGCAUUAUUUCUCCAUGUCCCCCAACAUGGUCUCCGGGAAAGACUACGGCUCCUCCCUGCAUCAGCCCGUCCCCACCCAGGGGAUGGGGGUCGGGAUGCACGGGUCACACCCGUCCCACCAUUCCCCACACCCAGCGUACCCGUCCCCGCCGCUGGUGCCCUCACAGCACCAGAGAACUCAGUACGACCCCACCCCCGUGGGGUACCACUCGCUGUGUGGCACGGGACCCGUCUCCCCACAAGGUGGCGCCUCCUGCAUGUCCCCGGAUAUAGACAAGAAGGAAAACAAACCCAAAGACUCCCCUGACCCCUACAAGUUGGACCUGUCCGUGAAGCCGAGAAAAGAGAGGACAGCCUUCACCAAGCACCAGAUCCAGGAGCUGGAGAAGGAGUUCACCCUCCACAACUACCUGACCCGCCUCAGGAGAUACGAGCUGGCCGUGGCACUGGACCUGACGGAGAGACAGGUCAAGGUUUGGUUCCAAAACAGACGGAUGAAGUGGAAGAGGGUCAAGGGCACAAAACUGGUCAAGGACAAAGUCGACGGGCAGCUCAAACCAAUCAUGGCGCCCAACGUGACGUCAACACAACAUGGCGGCGGGCACGUCACAUCCGGUCUACCUGACGUGCACCACGACAGCCUAGAUGACAGCGGGCGGGAAGACGGAGAUGACAUGUCAGAUGGCUUGGAUGACAUGGGCGAAAUGACAGGACUGUCGGGAAUGUCAUAAAUUUCCUCACCCAGGAAUUUCACACGCUUCUGAAAAAAAAAUUCAGAACGUAAAAUAACUAAACCAGGAAAAGUCAUACAUUACUAAAUCAUGGAAUGUCUUUAGCUUCCAAGGCCUCAGCUGAUGUAUUUCUCUAAAUGGUUUCUUUUCUAUGGUGAAACAUAAAUAUUUUGUAGUACCUAAUAGGUCAUCUAUACCAAACUCUGAACAAUCAAGUGUUUAAAAGAAACGCGCUUUGAAUAUAGCGUGAAAUAUAAUUAUGUACAUACAAUUUUUUAUUUCAUGCAACUAUGAGCAUCAUUACGCGCACUCACUUAUCUGACAUUAUUACGUCAUGUAUGGCACAAAACUUCUGGAAAUGACGUCAUUUCCUCUGCGGAAGGAAAACGCUCAUUAAAUUGUGUUUAUCGCUCGUGGCUUCCCCUACAAACGCCGUGGACCUGCGUUUAUUUUCUUGGAAGGUGCGCAAGUGUAGAAAAUAAACGUCGCAUUGUGUUCGGCGCUAAUGAGGGCGGUGUGGAGCUUUUCGGGAAUUUCCUAAUCUAAGGAGAAAGACUCUCAGAAAGAGAGAGAGAGUGUGGAGUUAUUGCAGAUAAACACUCUCAAAUAGAGAGAGAGAGUGUGUGGCGUUAUCGCAACUGAGAUAUGUAUAAAUGUUGCUACUUUAAAUAAAAACAGUCCAAGGCUGCUUUGAUAUUGACAAUUAGCAGGGUGAAAUUCGUUGUGUAAAAAAAUUCAAUUGUUUUAAUAAACCUGAAAAAAAAAUUGAGUUUGAUUCUAGCCUUAUAAGAAGACGAACAAUGAAUCAAGACUUGACCGGCAUUAAUGUCUCAUGAAUUGUACAUUGUAAUGUAGGAGAAAUUUAACCCUUUACCGGUUGAAUAUUUCCUUCACAACGUGCCUAUGUUAUGGGAACUAGGAUAUAAAUCAACUUUAUUUUCCCCCCUCUUUGAUGCAUUGCAGCAUAAUGCAACGUCUUAGAGCGAAGGUUACUCGUGAAUAUAUUUGACGUAUGCUGCCAGCAUACCACAGAAUGCUGGAGGUGGCUCAUGGGCCGACAUUUCUGAUGUAUGAAUGUAGAGUUAUCUUCUGAGUCUUCUGCCCUUCUUUUGAUAGACUGAACACAUGUUUACCUGAUACAGAAUGAUUACCAUGUGUUUAGAUGUUUACCAUGUGUUCAGAUGUGUACCAUGUGUUCAGAUGUGUACCAUGUAUGUGUACUAUAUUCUGCAGAUGUGUAAUAUUUGAGCUAUCCUCGUCGCCAUUGUCUUCUGCACGAUGACUCAUCUGUGUGUUAAUGAAAAGCUUUGAAUUUAAUGACGUCUUCUUGUUUUCUUUUACGUUCGCUCGUAAUGUUGUAUGACUACCUGCAUGUGGGUUUAUGUUCUUUUGUUGCUUGUGGAUA